AUGCAGCUCACAGCCAUCCUGCUGGCCGCCGCGGCCUCCCUGGCCAACGCCCACUACACGCUCCCCAGCGUCAACGGCGACGCCGCAUGGUCGCACACCCGCCAGGCCAAAAACUGGCAAGACAACGGCUUCGUCGGCUCCGUCACCAGCAGCGACAUUCGCUGCAACCAGCUCAAGGCCGGCACCUCGACCCUAACCGUCGCCGCCGGUUCUUCCGUCAAAGUCUCGGUAAACCCAAGUGCAUACCACCCCGGCCCCUUCCAGUCGUACCUUGCACGCGUACCCGAUGGCGUCGACAUCAACACGUGGGAUCCCACGGGCGCAGUCUGGUUUAGGAUCUACGCCGAACAACCCAAAUUCGGGAGUCAAUUGACGUGGUUGGGCGCAUCUACCUACGACAUCAAGCUGCCGUCAUGCAUCCCCGCGGGCAAGUACCUGAUGCGCAACGAGCACAUUGCCAUCCACACUGCGUCGAGCGUCGGCGGCGCCCAAUUCUACCUGUCGUGCGCACAGCUCCAAAUCACCGGUGGCGGAAGCACCAACCCGCGCGACCUCGUGGCUUUCCCCGGCGCCUACAAGGCCACGGACCCCGGUAUCCUGAUUAACAUCAACUACCCCAUUCCGACUAGCUAUGUUAACCCUGGUCCCCCGACUUUCACCUGCUAG